AGUCCCGCCUGCCGGAAGUCCUGCCCGCCCAUCGGCCCCGUCCCGCGUGUCCGGCAGUCAGCAUGGCGCACUACAACUUCAAGAAAAUCACUGUGGUCCCGUCUGCCAAGGACUUCAUUGACCUGACAUUAUCGAAGACUCAACGCAAGACUCCAACGGUUAUUCAUAAACAUUAUCAAAUUCAUCGCAUUAGACAUUUUUACAUGAGGAAAGUCAAAUUUACUCAGCAGAAUUACCACGACAGACUCUCUCAGAUUCUAGCGGAUUUCCCCAAAUUGGAUGAUAUCCAUCCAUUUUAUGCUGAUUUGAUGAACAUUCUUUAUGACAAGGAUCAUUACAAGCUGGCCCUAGGACAAAUAAAUAUUGCCAAAAACCUGGUGGACAAUGUUGCUAAAGAUUAUGUGCGGCUUAUGAAAUACGGUGAUUCUCUCUAUCGCUGCAAGCAGCUGAAGCGUGCUGCCCUUGGGCGAAUGUGUACUGUAAUCAAAAGGCAGAGGCAGAGUUUGGAGUAUUUGGAACAAGUGCGUCAGCAUUUGUCCCGUCUGCCAACCAUUGAUCCAAACACGAGGACCCUGCUGCUGUGUGGGUACCCAAAUGUUGGCAAGUCCAGCUUCAUCAAUAAGGUGACAAGGGCAGAUGUGGAUGUGCAGCCCUACGCGUUCACCACCAAGUCUCUGUUUGUGGGGCACAUGGAUUACAAGUAUCUGCGUUGGCAGGUUGUAGACACUCCAGGGAUUUUGGACCAUCCUCUGGAGGAUCGGAACACCAUCGAAAUGCAGGCCAUCACGGCCCUGGCCCACCUGCGUGCUGCCGUCCUCUACGUGAUGGACGUGUCUGAGCAGUGCGGUCAUGGCUUGAGGGAGCAGCUGGAGCUCUUUCAGAACAUCCAACCCCUCUUCACCAACAAGCCUCUUAUAGUCGUAGCAAACAAAUGUGACGUGAGGAGAAUAGCUGAGCUUUCUGAAGAUGACCAGAAAAUAUUUGCAAAUUUGCAGGCAGAAGGAUUUCCUGUGGUGGAGACCAGCACCCUGACGGAAGAGGGAGUCACCCAAGUGAAAACAGAGGCCUGUGACAGGCUUUUGGCUCAUCGGGUUGAAACCAAAAUGAAAGGAAACAAAGUGAAUGAGGUGCUGAACAGGUUGCACUUAGCUGUCCCAAACAAGAGGGAUGACAAGGAGAGGCCCCCUUUCAUCCCGGAAGGAGUGGUGGCACACAGGAAGAGAAUGGAAACUGGGGAGCAUGAGAGGAAGAGGGAACGAGACCUUGAACUGGAGCUGGGAGAUGACUACAUUUUGGAUCUUCAGAAAUACUGGGAUAUAAUGAAUUCAUCUGAAAAAUGUGAUAAGAUACCUGAGAUCUGGCAGGGCCAUAAUAUAGCUGAUUACAUUGAUCCUGACAUCAUGCAGAAACUAGAAGAGUUAGAAAAAGAAGAGGAGCUAAGAACAGCUGCUGGGGAGUAUGACAGUGAGUCUGAAAGUGAGGAUGAAGAAAUGGUGGAAAUCCGACAGCUGGCAAAACAAAUUAGAGAAAAGAAGAAGCUGAAGAUUCUGCAAUCCAAAGAGAAGAAUACACAGGGACCCAGAAUGCCUCGGACGGCUAAGAAGGUUCAGCGGAAAGUGUUGGAGAAUGAGAUGCGCAGUCUUGGAGUUGACAUGGAUUAUAAGGACAGUGCGCAUUAUGCAGUCCAGGCCAGAAGGUCUCGGAGUGUGACCAGGAAAAGGAAGCGGGAAGACUCAGUCCCACCCAUCUCUGCCACCCGGAGCCACAGCUGCUCUCGAGUGCCACGUGACGUCUCAGGGCUCCGGGAUGGCAAGAUGGUGAAGAAAGCCAAGACGAUGAUGAAGAGUGCACAGAAGAAGAUGAAUCGCUUGGGGAAGAGGGGGGAGGCAGACAGGCAUGUGUUCGAUAUGAAGCCAAAGCACCUGCUCUCUGGAAAGAGGAAAGCUGGAAAAAAGGACAGGAGAUAAGUGUCCAUUGCAACCUAAACUGUUUCUUGUUUGGGUCUGGUUUGGUUUCACAAAAGUGAGGCUUGAUCUAUGAACUGCAAAUAAUGAAAUAGCUAAAGCUUGUAACUAUAUAACUAUACAGGUGUGGCAAAUUCUUACCACUGCACAUACUACAUAUUUUGGGUGGACAGUGGUUUCUGCAUUAAUGGAGUUUUGAUUGCUUUAGAUUUGCAGAACUGGAGAUUUAUUGAUGUGACUGUUUUUGAUGGGGAAGAUCUUACUGAACAGUCUUUUUUUGCAGAGAAAACAUAUCCACUUGACAUGGCCUGAAGGCUACCAGCUCUGCCCUGCAGACAUAGGUGCACAUGAGUAUUGGGGUGUUGAAGCUCCAGCCUAAAUUAUUUUCUAGUCUUUGUCUACAAUGUAUGAACCACUGUAGUCUGUCUGCAAUUAUUUUAUCCAAAAUAAAUUUCCAAAAGAAA